CGGAGUAUAAAGAAAGUAUCAGUGUAGAGAGAGAGAGAGAGGAUCACUAUCACUCUAUCAGAUCGCUGGUCAUUAUGAUUAUGGAGUACUUUUGCCAGUAAGGGAAAGUACAUGCACAAAAGCAGUAACAUUUCCCGUGAGAAACUCACCCACCACCGCCAUUGUCACCUUCCAUUCACGCACUUUGCUCAGUCCCAGGAAAAAAAAAACAACUUUUUUUCCUUGAUUCUCAGUUCGGAAAAAAAUUAGCAUAAACUGGGAGGUGUAAUUUCUUGGUUGGAUGUUAUAGAGAGUGAACUGUGAUGGAUGCCUAUUGUGCAACUUUGAAAUCCACCACUCACUUGCCAAGGGAGAAUGAGUUAUGGGGGAAGAGGAUGAUAAACAACAGUGUUUUGGUGAACCCGUUUGGGAAAAGUUUGAAACUUGAAAGAAAUGGAAGGAAGAUUAAGCCUGGGGUUGCUUUCUCUGUUCUCACUAGAGAAACUGGGAAAGAGACUCUGACUGUAGAAGCUCCAAGACUGGAGAGAGUGAGGGCAAACCCUAAAAAUGUGGCUGCCAUCAUACUGGGAGGGGGUGCAGGGACACAACUAUUUCCACUUACCAACAGAGCUGCAACUCCUGCUGUUCCGGUUGGAGGAUGCUAUAGGAUGAUAGACAUCCCGAUGAGCAACUGCAUCAACAGCGGAAUUAACAAGAUUUUCGUGUUGACUCAAUUCAAUUCUGCCUCUCUCAACCGCCACAUUGCCCGCACCUACUUUGGCAAUGGUGUGAGCUUCGGAGAUGGAUUCGUCGAGGUUUUAGCAGCAACUCAGACAUCGGGAGAAACGGGAAUGAAAUGGUUUCAAGGACCUGCAGAUGCUGUUAGGAAAUUUACAUGGGUAUUUGAGGAUGCGAAGAAUAAGGACAUCGAGAAUAUACUUAUUCUGUCUGGCGAUCAGCUUUACCGAAUGGAUUACAUGGACUUGGUUCAGAGCCACCUGGACCGCAAUUCUGAUAUUACUCUUUCUUGCGCACCUGUUGGGGAUAGCCGAGCGACAGACUAUGGGCUGGUGAAAAUUGACCACAGGGGCAAAGUUGUCCAGUUUCACGAAAAACCGAAAGGUGCUGAUCUAGAAGCAAUGCAAGUAGAUACUACUCGACUGGGAUUGUCUCCCGAAGAUGCCAAGACAAAUCCUUAUAUUGCUUCGAUGGGGUUAUAUGUAUUUAGGAGAGAUCUUUUGUUGAAGCUCCUAAGUUGGAUAUAUCCCACUGCCAAUGACUUUGGCUCUGAAAUCAUUCCCGCAGUUAUCACAGAACACAAUGUUCAAGCUUACUUCUUCAAAGACUACUGGGAAGACAUUGGAACGAUAAAAACUUUCUACGAUGCUAACUUGGCCCUUGCUGAAGAGUUUCCAAAGUUCGAGUUCUAUGAUCCAAAGACGCCUUUCUAUACAUCUCCUCGAUUCCUACCACCAACCAAAAUCGAUAACUGCAAGAUCAAAGACACCAUAAUCUCUCACGGGUGUUUCUUGCGAGAGUGUAUUGUGGAACACUCGAUUGUUGGUGAGAGGUCACGGUUAGAUUUCGGUGUUGAGCUUAAGGAUACGUUAAUGAUGGGGGCAGAUUAUUACGAAACAGAAUCUGAAAUUGCAUCUCUUCUGGCUGAUGGAAAAGUGCCAAUUGGGAUUGGACAGAACACAAAAAUUAGCAACUGCAUUAUUGACAAGAAUGUAAGGAUAGGGAAAGAUGUGAUUAUCGCGAACAAAGAUGGAGUUGAAGAAGCAGAUCGGCCCGAGGAAGGGUUCUACAUUAGAUCCGGGAUUCCGGUUAUAAUGGAGAAAGGAGUGAUCAAAGAUGGAACAGUCAUAUAAUAUGGUUGGAGAAACAUUAAUCUGCAGAGAAUUAUGUUUCCAUCUAGGAUAGCUGAGGUUUUUCAUCUCCAGAAAACCAAGUUUUGUGCAUUCUUUCCAGUGUACAAGUACAAGUCAGAUAUAUUUAUGGUUUUCUCUUUCUUUUUGGUUGUAAAAUUAUCCAAAUUUAUAUGAAGAAUAAAUAAUCCAGCUUUAGUUGACAAAGCUAAAAAAUGCCCAGCUUGACAA